UAUUACUUGUAACAUAGUUUGGGCUGUGGGUUUAGAUCAUAGACAUAAUAAAGAUUAUGAUCAUGUCUAUGGCAUAGAAGGCUGUGGGCUUUCCAUUCUACCUGUCAGGUUCAACUCAGGGUAAAACAAUCAUUGUUGUUAAAACUCAAUUUAAGCCACGCCCACCGGAUGUAGGCGGUGUAUGCGGCAUUUCCCCGGGAAAGCUCGGUUUCAGCUCACUUGCAGAUGCUGAAGAAGUGUUGAUACGCAAUGGAGAAAAUAACAGAGAAACUGUUACUGGAGAAAGGAUCUCCAAAAACCAACAAACUGGAGCAAAUCAAAACAUUGAAUCUAUCUAGGCUAGGACUGAAGUCUCAGGACUUGCCAGUCAGGCUGCUGUCCCGACUCCGGUACUUGGAGCGGUGGGAUCUCUCUGGGAACAGACUGCAGGAGUUGCCCAAGAACCUGGAGCUGCCUACACUUCGCUACCUGGACCUCAGCGACAACCAGCUGGAGGAUGUUACCGCUCUGGAGUCUCUUAGCAAUCUGGAGGAACUCAAGAUGGAGGACAAUCUUUAUAUCACUGUGAGUGAUAACUACAAGCUGAUGGUGUUGUUGCCCAAACUGAGGAUUCACAACGGUAAAGAUGUCAGCACGACUGCCAACCACCUGCGCUAUGUCUACACUGAGAACUUGAGGACCAGGAUUAUUGCAGUUUGGGAGAAGAGCUUCUGUCUUCCGGAUCCCAUCACAGUAGAGAAAUUGUCUACCUUGGAGAAAAGCUUUGUCAACACUGCUCGUCAACAAGUUAAAUUUGGACCCAGUUCAGUCAGUGAUUUCACCAAAUGGAGGGUAGAGAAUAUUGCUAAGGAGUAUCUGCACUCUCUGUCGAAUCCAAAGAAAGAUCCAGAGAGCAAGGAGUCUACUGACAUUAAAGAGAACUGUGUUGUCUUGACGCCGAUCAAGAGGAAACAAACUGCGCCAGUGGACACCAGCAUCAGACUGACACCUCGCAAGAUAUUGCGCGUAGAUCUCCCAUCCUCCCCAGUUGAAGCCAGUCCUCGCAAAUCCAGUCUGCGCAAACUUGAGACGCUAACCCAGACCACUCCUGUCCGGAUGAGCCCUCGCAAGAUAAGUCAGCCUCCUUCCACCCCCACCAGAGGACAGAUGAGGCCAGAGACCCCCAGGAGAGGUGCAGCAAAAGUGCGACAAACCAAAGAGGACGAUGGAGCUCAGAAAAAACAGAAGAAUAGAACAGACGCUGCAGUGUUUUCCACAAUGAACAGCGCCAAAAAGACACAGCAGCCAGUGUGUCUGAAGCCUCUUCAUGUCCUCCAGUGCCACAGUAAACAGGACAGCUCGGAGGACUUCUCUACCCAGCUGUGGGCUUGUGCUUUCCAACCAAUGCCAGAUUUCAAUGGCACGGGUGCAGGAAGCCGUUUGGUUGCUACUUGUGGUGGAGACUCUCUCUGCGUGAUUGACUGUGAAACCGGCCUGGUGAUGAAGAAGUACAAAGUUCCUGGCGAGGAGUUCUUCUCCCUGGCCUGGUCCACAGUGUUGAUGUCCAGGGGAGGCGGUGCCUCGGCUCAACACUGCAGCAUUCUGGCAGCCGGAGGGAAGAGAGGACUGGUCAAACUGAUCCACCCCAGAAACAACAUGGCCUACGGGGAGUUCCGAGCCAGCCGCAAGGCGCUGUCCGUCCUGCGCUUCAACCACCACCAGGGAAACUUCCUCUUCACGGGAUCUUAUGAUAACAAGAUUGUGAUGUGGGACAUUGGUGGAGUGGACAGCCAGUACAACUACAAAGUUGUUCAGCUGCUGGUGUUGGAUAUCAGCGCCACUCCUCUACACAUCUGCCUCCCCCCCACUUCCCCCAGCUCAAACCUACUGACUGCCUGUGAGGACGGCCUGCACUGCUAUAACACACAACUCGGCACCAACAACACCACAAAGAAAAGGUCUAAGGAGAUGGAGAUAACUUUCCCCAUAUACAAGAAGGAAGACAAUUGCCAUGACUACCACACCAUUGAUGGCCUAAGUUUUCUUACAGAUGACAUAGUGGCCUCCAAGAACUACAUGCAUGGUUCCAUAUACUUGUGGAGCUGGAGCAGAACCAAGGCUCAGCGGCCUAACAAGAAGGACAGGACAGUUUGUGCCGUGGUUCUGGCUGAGCUGCAGUGGGCCAACACUGAGAUUCCCUACCUGGCUCUCAACACAUGCCCUGGCCGAGCCUACAUAGUGUGUGGUGAUGACAAAGGCCGGCUAUGGACAUACCACGUCAACGACUUGCAGAAAAACAGUUUCCAGACUGGAAAACCCAUACUGCCCACUGAGGUGUUGGAUUGGCCGACCCCGGUAAGAAAGGGCCUCGGCCAGGUGAAGGGCCCCUGCAUCAACAGUGUGGCAAUGGACCCUGAGCUCCACUACCUGGUGGCCCUUAGUGACAAAAACAUGGUGAUUGUGUGGAAGAGAGAAACGUCCUCCUGAGAAACACGGGCUGUUUUAAUGCAAAUUUGAGUUUUUUUUGGAGAGUUUUUUUUACCAAAUUUUGGUAUUUGUUAGGGUUGUUUCUUAUAGCAACAAGUCAUUCUGUCUCAGCCAAUAGAGAGACUGCAGUGAUCCUGUCUGGGAUAGUUUUUUUUUUUUUUUUUUUAACUUCUUUUCUUCAAUGUUUGUUUGGAGAAAGUGAAUUUUGCAAUAAAGCCACAGUGAGAUCUGUCAGAGCAAGUAACAGCCAGACAGACUGGAGGAAUACAAUUACAGUAUUGUUCUCAAAAAAGAAAAGAAAAAGAAUGGCAUAAAAUUCUAACAUUUUAAUUUGCAGGAUUGAAUACUGAUAUACAUUAAAGUUGCUGCUUUUGGGAAUUGUAGCCUGAGGAAAAGAGUUGUUGAUUGUCUCUAUGUGACACACAACUCCUAGUCUUUGUACGUAGUUAUGUAUCUUUUAAGAUACGGCAUUUCCAAAUGCCCGGUCCAACCAUGAGAACUGGUUUCAAAUUCACAAAUGAUUAGUCAAUGACCAUCCGUGUUGUCCAAAAAGACGACUAAAUAAUUGCUAAUGUUCAUAGUUCAAUGUAAAAAGUCAAGAUUGUGUACUGCUUUUGUGCUGCCAACAAUGGGCAAAAAAA